AAUCAGUUCCUCGAUAUGUCUUAUGGACAGCUGAUGCAGUUGUAUUGUGCCCGUCAGCGUAGGCAUGUGGACCUUCGCCGCAAACAGCAGUCCCUCCUGAAAAGGCUGCGCAAGGCCAAACAGGAAGCCCUUCCAAUGGAGGUUGUCAAUACUCAUCUUCGGGAUAUGGUUAUCCUCCCAGAGAUGGUCGACAGCAUGGUUGGUGUGUACAAUAGAAAAACCUUUAACCAGGUUGAAAUCAAGCCUGAAACGAUUAGCCAUUAUCUUGGAGAGUUCUCCAUCACCUACAAGCCUGUGAAGCAUUUUACACCUGGUAUUGGUGCCACUCACUCCUCUAGGUUCAGCCCUCUGAAGUUAACAGUUUAUGAUGGAAAUAUUGUGUAA